AUCUGCAAUCACAUGAAAUUAUUAAAGUUUGUUUCAUUGUUCCUUUGUACUUAGCCAUCUUUGUGCACCUUGUUUGCUUUGUAUGUCAGUAAUAUUCUUGGUGAUUCCUUAUUUUUAAAUGUGUCUUAUAAGGUUCACUGCUUUUAAGCCCUGUUAAAAGCUGCUUUUGUCCCAUCUUUUUGAGUUUUAUUCUAGUAUAUAAGAUUUGAGAACUGCUAAAUCAAGAUCAAUUUAUAUAUGUGGAUUUACCUGAACGCUUCUUUGUAAGUCCCGGUAACGUGUGAUGAACAAAUUUGUGAGCUUUUAUUGAGAUUAGCGACAGCAGUUCUUUUUUCUUGUUCACUCUUGUGAAAGGUGGAGCAUUGUAGAUUGUACUGUUAGUUCCAGAUAUUAAUAUUCCUUUAAGGUAUACUUAAUUUCUUGUGUUAAACUUGGAAUUUGCAUCUUCGCAUGGUGCAGCAGCAAUUCGCAGUGGGAUUUGUGAGCUGAGUCAUAAUAAUGGGUGGUUGUGUAUCAACUCCAGCAAACACAAUCAGGGUAAGGAAGAAACACCAUCAUCGCCACAGAAAAUACCAUAGAAAGAAUUCAAACUCAGGUCUAGUAGGAACCAGGAAAAGAAACAGCGAUGCACGGGUGACAGAUAUUGCUGUUAGUGAGUUUGUUCAUACAACUACAACCUCCGGAAGAUCUGAGGUUUCCAGUUCCACAUUCCAUCUUACUCAGUUGCAGUGGCAACAUAGUCAAAUAGAUGCUAAUGUUCUUUGCCAAGAAGAAGCAUGGUUUGACACGCACAGCAUUUUGGAGUCCGACUCAGAUGAUGACUUCAGUAGUAUUCAUGGAGAUAUUUUCCCCAAUAUUUCAAGUGGACAAGUACUUCAGUAUGAAACUUCAUCAUGCUUUAUGGAUAGCAAACUCAAGUACAAAGAAUACCAUGAGAAAUAUCUCAAGAUAGACGGCAGUAAAACCGAGAAGGUUUUGAGCAAAGAUGUAGUUCAGGAACCAAAUGGACUUGUAGUUGUAAGUGCUCAAGACUAUGAUCCAUCCCUAGGGAAGGGUGAAGACCUUGGCACCAAAAAAAAGAAGAAUUUGGAUUGUGCCUAUGCAAGUUUUAAAAGUGUAAAAAAGGAUAAAUUGCAGGAGAAAACUCAGGAGAAUGUUUUCAAGUCUGUCUUACCGAAGCUGGUUAGUUCAUUGAGUUUCAACGACAAAACCAUUUGUGCAUCAAAUUCAGGCCCACAUUCUCAAGUAAAGAAAUCAACUAUUAUAAGGCUUUCUCUGAAGAGGACAUCUGUUGAUGGAGAAGAAAAGAAUGAAUAUCGUUCUUCAAGAAAGUAUCUUCUCCGCCCCAGGGCUGGGCUCGUAAUUCCUUGUUGCAGAGAAGAAAAGCCCCUUGCAGGAAGUUGGUCAAAGAUCGAGCCCUCAAACUUCAAGCUCCGCGGUGAUAGUUAUUUCAAAGAUAAGAGGAAAUGCCCUGCUCCUAAUGUGUCUCCUUAUAUUCCAAUUGGGGUCGACUUAUUUGUUUGCCCAAGAAAGAUCAAUCAUAUCGCACAGCACAUUGAGCUUCCUUCUAUAAAAGGAGAUGGAAGAAUACCUCCAUUACUAAUUGUUAACAUUCAGUUGCCUACUUAUCCUGCUCCAAUGUUCCUUGGUGAUGCUGAUGGGGAAGGCUUGAGCCUUGUAAUAUAUUUCAAACUUUCUGAAAGUUUUGAGGAGGACAUCUCUCCUCAGUUUCAAGACUUCAUCAAGAGAUUCAUCGAAGAUGACAUGGAAAAGGUUAAAGGAUUUGCAAAAGAGUCAAUCGUUCCUUUCAGAGAGAGAUUGAAGAUUAUGGUUGGGUUAGUUAAUCCAGAUGAGCUUGUUUCAAGUGCAACUGAAAGGAAGCUUUUGAAUGCUUACAAUGAAAAGCCUGUGCUUUCUCGCCCUCAACACAACUUUUAUCAGGGCCCGGAUUACUUUGAAGUUGAUCUUGACAUUCAUCGUUUCAGCUACAUAGCAAGAAAGGGGCUUGAUGCUUUUAGAGAACGUUUACGACAUGGAAUAGUUGAUCUUGGUCUAACAAUUCAGGCACAGAAGCCAGAGGAGUUGCCAGAGAAAGUGCUUGGUUGUGUUAGAUUGAACAAGAUAGAUUUUGUUGAUCGUGGCCAAAUACCCACGCUUGUGAGAGUUGAGGAAGAUUCGUGUUCAGAUUAAUAAAGUUAGUUACCUGCAUAUUGCGUGGGGGAGUAGAUUUUAGUGUAUCUUGAGCUCUAUGUAUAUAGCUCAAUUGUUUUGAAAAAUACACACAUUCAAUAUUAAAUACGCAACCGUUGCUACUAACUUAUGAAGUAAUAGUGGAUGCAAUGGCACUCUGAACUCACUGACUUAACAUUCUUGAUUUGCUUCUGCACUCAAGCCAUUCGGAAUAUGAGGCUUGUAUAAUGAGAAGAAAAAUGAGGAGAAUAAGAUGAAUAGAAAGUUAUCAUGUUCAAUACGCUGACUCCGUAACAUCAAAAUUCAUACUGAUGAAUUACAAGAUGAUUUCUGGAUAUGCUGAAAAAAGGCUUGUAGAGGCAUCUGAGUUAGUGCAUUUGAAUGGAGGAAGAUGGUUUGAGCCUUGAGGUUGUCGCUUCUAUUAGUAUUCUAGCUGCUUGUACUGAUCUUGUAUGCUUAGUUUGGAUAAAGGAGUACUGAGUGCAUGAUCCAAUUGUGAGAAGUAUGUACAAGGUUAAUUCUCUAGUUUGCAUUGCCUUCAUUGAUAAGUAUGCUGCUUAUACAGUCUGAGGAGAUAUAUUAGUUUCUUGGAAUGUUGAUACAUGGUUUGCUUUACAUGGAUAUGGAAAGAAGGCACGGCUUUUAGCCAUUUCUCUCAUGAAACCUGAUGAAAUGACAUUGUUAGGUAUCUUGUGCACAUAGAGUUAUACACUUUUUUCCCUUAGGGGUGUGUGUGGGAGGGGAGGGUAUGACCAUUCGGUAUCUGAAGUUUAUUAAGAUUUGUGUCAAGUAAGCCUUUCAAGGGGAGUAAAGCGCUCCUUAACAAAAAAGUUUUCAUUCUCUAGAGUUCGAAUUCGGUAAUUUUGAUUAAAUAUGAAGGAAUUUCAACUAUUCUACCACAAAUUCUUUGUAUUGGUUUGGUGGAUGAGGAUAGCUUAUUUUUGUUCUAUGGAGAAAGAUUAUGGGGUUAUUUCUGAAUUAGAGCAUUAUGCUUGUCUAAUUGAUCUUUUAGGUGGUAGUGACUAUAUUGGAGAAGCUUUUAUGCUUUCAUGUAAUUUGACACUUGAACCAAAUAAUAAGAUUUGGUAUUCCCUUUUA